AUGCCCUUCUUACCAUUAUCUACUAUUUUGAGCUUAAGGAAGGAACUGGAAGGAACUGCUGCCGAAAUUUUGACGUGGGGAAGUGACGGGUACGGUGAUAGCAUUAAACAAUGGAGUGACUCUUGUGAUGAACAAGUUGGUGCCGUAGUUCGGGUCACAUCAGCCGGCGAAGCAGCAGCAGUCGUCCGCUUUGCCGCAUGCCAUGAAAUUCCUUUCGCGGUCAAAGGCGGGGGAUACUCCACCAGCAGAGCCUCCACAGCCCGCGGUGGUAUUGUCUUGGAUCUUUUGUAUCUUCGAAGGGUCAACGUGGAUCCCGUAUCUCAAGUUCUCACUGCUCAAGGCGGGGUCUUGUGGGAGGAUAUCGAUGUUGCAGCAGCUCAGUAUGGGCUAGCAGUCGUUGGAAGUACACUAAACCAUAUUGGCGUAGCAGGAGCAACAUUAGGAGGAGGUUAUGGAUGGUUGACCGGCCAGUAUGGCCUGGCGAUCGACAAUUUGCUCUGGGCAAAGAUGAUCCUAGCUGAUGGCAGCGUGGUUACCGCUUCCGAAGACCAAAACCAGGACCUCUUUUGGGCUAUUAGAGGUGCCGGUCAAAGUUUUGGAGUAGCCAUUGAGAUGAGUUUCCGAGCUCAUAAACAGAAUCACCCAGUAUUUGCCGGGACUCUUCUUUUCUCGGCGGACAAACUUCCUAGAAUUGUCGAUUUUGUGAACCGAUUUGAGACCAUCACCAAUGGUAAGCAGGGGUUCUGGUUUGGGUUCACCGCGUCACCUUCAAUGGCCGAAUGUGCCAUCUUGGUGGUUGUCUUCUAUAACGGAAACCAAACAGAUGCAGAGGAAUUCUUUUCCCCAGUACUUUCACUGGACCCAGUGGUGAACGAGACACAAAUGCUUCCUUACGAUAGUCUCAACGGAAUGUUGAAUGCGAUGGAUACAAUGUCUCGCCGCAGAAGUCAUGAGGGAUUUGAUAUCAUGUUCCCUGUCGAUGAAAUCGUGGGUCCUCGAAAAAGCCUGCGGGGAUCAAAUAUCACUCUCCCUCUAGAUCCUAAGCUUGCAAUAUCGAUAUAUCACGAGUUCGGCGGCAUCUUGAGAAAUUUUUCAACGGCCAGGGACAGCAUAUUACUUUUUGAACUCCUGCCAAACACACAGGUUGCCAAGGUUCAUAACGAUGCCACUGCUUUUGCCAGUCGAGGCCCUUACUAUAAUGCCAGUUCUCUAUUCCGAUGGCAUGACCCUCGUCUGGAUGAAGAAAUACACUCACUACAGACGGGUCUGAUGGACCGCAUCGGGACAUGUGCAGGCAUUCGUGUCCGAUCCGAUUAUAACGUAACCAUGCACGGAACAGGAAUAUAUGCGAACUAUGCGGGGAAUGAUCAAUCCAACGAGGAAAUAUUCGGACACAACCUUGCACGACUUCGGGAGCUGAAGAAAAAGUAUGAUCCUCAUAAUAUGUUCAGAAAGUGGCACAACCUCGAAACGCCUACCGCCACUUCAGGAUAG